AUGGCCCAGCCUCCACACCCCAACGAAGAUGAUGUCCAAUUUCUAUACCAAAAUCCCGAAAAUCCCGAAAAUCCCAUCGAGUCCGCGUCGAACAACGUCCAAAGCUUUGGUUUCCUAAUUGCAUUCACCGAGAGCGAUGCUAGACGACUCGUAGUCAAAUGCGCCAGCGACAAUUCGGCUUCAUUUACGGGCUACUCCCCGAAUGACUUGUUCGAGUUGGAAGACUUUGGAAGCAUCCUAGGAUCAGGCGAUUUGGAUACCUUGAUGACUCGUCUGAGCUAUCUCAAAGAGUCGAGAAUCGAUGGGGUCGCCGGCGGCCGUGCUGUAUUCAACUUGUCGAUCUUCUCAAAACAAGGCGAACCUGAACGGUUUUGGUGCUCCAUGCACCUGAGAUCCUGCCCUCCAGACCCCGAUACUGUUGUUUGCGAGUUUGAGGUUUUUAACGACGCUUCUCCCUCCAUCUCAGGACACCGAAGUCACACGAGUGAUGUAGCGAAGAAAAUCCCUCGAACUUCUCGGAGGGUUGGAAACGAAGGCGGGGAGCUCAACACCGCGCAGGCAAUUGGAAUCAUGUCAAAGAUACAAGGGACCUUCGCCGCCACGGGAAGCCUGGCGGCCGUCCCCGACACCAUCGUGACCACGGUUAAGGAGCUCACAGAAUUUGACAGAGUCAUAUUGUAUCGUGUCGACGAGUUCAUGGCUGUAACGGUACUUGAUUCGCGCGACAGGGAAUGGCGGGGUUCGCAUCGAUGCAUACAUUUAACCACGCUCCCUAGCGGGAGAAACGGGAUACACCCGUCGCCUUUCCCGAGCCAGCUCAGACUUGUACACGAUCGCGAAGCGCAACCUGUAAGCGUUGUAUACAAGAAUGGAGAUUCUCACCAGAAGCAGCCUGGAGACCUGGACCGAUCGUACCUCAGCACGGCCUCGCCGACGUUCUUUGAGGAGAUCGAAGCCGAGGACAACAGUGCUCGCUCGUCCAUGGCCAUUCCAAUCAACGCCUUUGGGAAGCGAUGGGGUCUCGUAGUUUGUCACGCCUACCGACCCGAAGGAACGCGGAUAUCCAUUUCCAAACGCCAAAUGUGCGAGUUCAUUGGUAGUACAUCCGGCUGCGCCAUCGAGAGGCUGUCGUACGCCUCCAUGCUGGGCAAUGUCGAAUCGUCGCAGACUCGGCGCGAAUCGAUUCGACAUCCCGCGGAGAGCACCGCGGCUUCACGGGACCUCUUACGGCUCUUUGACGCAGAGUUUGCCUUGAUGUCUACGAGAGGGGAAGUUGGCAGAUUAGGCGAACCUAGCGAGGAGUCGUUCAGGGAGGCGAUGGCCAUUGUGCGGUGUAUCCAACCAUGCAAAACUAAAUCCGUCAUUGUGUCAUCAGACGUGCUGGCCGAGCUGCCCGAUGUAGGAAUCCCCGGUGCGCGUACCAUAUCCGGGCUGCUGUGGGCACCGCUGAGCACAUACGGCGGUGAUUUUGUUGUCUUUUUUCGACAGAAGCAAACUGAGUCGUCCGCGCCGCGCGAGGACGUAUCGUCAUCCACGUCCAAUAAGUCUCGUGCUGCGUCUGAUCCGAGCCAUGAGUGGUCCGACAAGCAGGUGCGUAUGGCCAUGGCCCUCGGUUCGCUGGGCCGCCAAUUGCCUCACCCACAAGAUUCCAAGGAGGGCGGUUCCUUGACUCUUCAAUCCGCACUUUCGCUAGCUAAACUAGAGCCGUAUGUGUACCGCAACGUCGGCUCCAUAGUCGAGUGUCUCAAUGUUGUCUUCCUUGCCUCAGCUACCAAAGGUAGAGCAAGGGCUACCGGACUCUACUCCGGCGGAUUCUAUUCCGGCGGGAUCUGCUCCGGCGGGAUCCACUCCGACUUUGCAACACUCGAUGACAUCCCGGACCGGAGCCGCGGCAUUCAGUGGUGGACCCCUCAUCCAAUUGGCAACGGUCCUCACUGGCAACCAUACGAAAACGGGAAGAUGCCGUCCAACUCUCAAUCCGAAGACGCCGCGGAACGGCCCCUCUUGGCAGACCCCCAUCAUGAGUACGGCGGAACCGACGGGCCUGCUCCUCCCGUGCUCAUCGCCGAGGAGCGCGGGGCCGGUACCUUUUCGCGUAACCUCGGCGCAGUAGAGGCGUUUGCCAUCGUCAUCAGCAUCGUCAUCGGCAGCGGUGUCUUUACCUCUCCGGGUUCCAUCGACACGAAUGUCCCCUCGCCCGGCGCCGCGCUGGUAGUAUGGCUUGUCGGCGGUGUUUUGGCGUGGACGGGUGCUAGUACCAUGGCCGAGCUGGGCACUGCGAUCCCGGGUGAAGGCGGCGUCCAACCCUUCUUGCAGCACAUUUAUGGUGACGUGUUUGGCUUCCUUGCCGCGUGGACCUGGAUUGUUGCCGUCAUGCCGGCCACCCUCGCCAUCCUGAGCAUAGUCUUUGUCGAGAGCAUCUACUCCGCCGGCGGGGUGACCGACCAGGCCGGCGCUCUCUCGCACAAGCUCUACUCCAUCCUCAUUCUCGUGGUGAUGAACGGCGCCAACUCCAUCAGCACCAAGGCCAGCACUCGCCUCAAUAACCUGUUCGUCGUGACCAAGUUCACUAGCAUCUUCGCCGUUGUGCUUGCUGGCAUUGUCGUCGUCAUCCUCCAAGUCACAGACCACGACCGUGAUGUUGGCGGACGGGACUGGUUCAAUAAGCCCUGGUUCGGGAACCGCAAGACUUCUCUGCCGGGUCGCGGCGAGCUCGACUGGAACAAGGUCGGUACCUGGGAUAUGCUUGGGUACUACUCGGCUGCGCUUUAUGGUGCACUCUGGGCCUACUCUGGCUGGGACAAGGCCGUCUAUGUCUCUGCUGAGCUUCAGCAGCCAGCGCGCCAGCUCCCUCUCGCCAUCAACACCGCCGUGCCGACCAUUAUCCUGUGCUUCAUCGCGGCCAAUGCGGCUUACUACGUCCUUCUUCCCUGGGACGUCGUUUCCGCGACCGACAGCGUGGCAGUCACCGCCAUCAACCGACUCCUCGGCCCCGUGUUCGGCAUCGUCGCCGCAGUACUCAUCUGCCUCGUCGUCGCCGGAUCCCUCCUCGGCAACUCCUUCGUCGCAGGUCGCAUGACCGUCGCCGCCUCAAACUUCAACUGGCUCCCCAAAUUCCUCGGCUUCGUCGGCCGCGUCGGCUUCAAGUCGGGGGAGAGCUCACCAGCCGACGCGUCGACGGACGAAGCAUCCAGGCCCGCAAAGGCACGAUCCGACGCGCCGCUUAACGCGCUCCUGCUCUCGACGAUCCUCUCAGCACUGUACAUUUUGUUGGGAAACUUCCGCGCCCUUUUGACGUUCAAUGGUCUGGGAGAGUACACGUUCUUUUUUCUGACGGUCCUGGGUGCCGUCAUCCUGCGCGUUCGAGAGCCGAAGCUGCGGAGACCGUAUAAGCCCUUUGUACUCAUCCCGAUUGUAUUCGCGCUGGUCAGCGGAUUUGUGGUUGUGAGAGGUGCCAUCUUUGCUCCUGUGCAGGCGCUCAUCUUGCUUGUCCUGUGGCUUGUCGGUCUUGGAUUUUACUGGGCGAGAAGGAAGUACUAUGCUCAUUGUAACCGGGCCGAUCAUUGA